AUGGACGGGGACCCAGAAAAACAGAGCGCUGCCGUGGAGAAGUCUGCGGUCCCUGAUACUGGCCUCGAGAGCUCACCCGCAAUGACUUCGGGCGAGAAAUCUAGAGAUGCCAACAACGAGAUAUCGGGCUCGGGCUCGCGCUCUGGCUCCGGCUCCGGCUCGACCGUGAGCAAUAACGAUGACUCUACAAAUCUCAAAAAGCUUGACUCGACAGUGGGUGUUCCCCCGCCGAAGGAGGCAGAUCUCGACGCUGCUCUCGCCCACCUUCCAGAACAGGAACGGGCCAUCCUCAAGGAACAGCUCGAUAUCCCCGAUGUCAAGGUUAAAUACAUCACUCUGUUUCGCUAUGCCACGAAGGCUGAUCUCCUGGUGCUCUUCGUGGCCGCCUUUGGUGCGAUUGCUGGUGGCGCUAUACUUCCUCUAUUCACGAUUAUCUUCGGGGCCAUGGCUGGCUCGUUCAAAUCGAUUGUCCUACACACCAUCACCAUAGACGAGUUCAAUUCUCAAGUUUCGAAUUUCGCUCUAUACUUCGUCUACCUUGGGAUCGGCAUGUUCGUUCUUAUCUAUAUCGGAACCGUUGGCUUCAUCUACGUCGGCGAACAGAUCUCCCAGAAGAUCAGAGAAAAGUAUCUCGCCGCUAUCCUGCGUCAGAACGUCGCGUUCUUCGACAAACUGGGUGCUGGCGAGAUCACCACCCGCAUCACUGCCGAUACUAAUCUGAUCCAGGACGGCAUAUCGGAGAAAGUUGGCCUGACCAUGACUGCCCUUGCGACAUUCAUCACCGCGUUCAUCAUUGGCUUCGUCAAGUUCUGGAAAUUGACCCUGAUUUGCUCAUCGACCGUUGUCGCUCUCACCGUCCUGAUGGGCUCGGCGUCCCGAUUCAUUAUUGGAUUUAGUAAAAAGUCGUUGCAGAGCUACGGUGAGGGUGGAACCGUGGCAGAGGAGGUCCUCAGUUCGAUUCGGAACGCUACUGCCUUCGGAACUCAGGAGAAGCUUGCACGGCAAUACAACAUUCAUCUCCUUGAGGCCCGGAAAUGGGGAACUAAACUGCAGGUCGUGAUCGGAAGCAUGGUUGGAGGCAUGCUGGCCAUCGUGUUCCUGAACUACGGCUUGGGUUUCUGGAUGGGUUCGCGUUUCCUGGUCAACGGAGAGGCCAACCUUCAAGACAUCGUAACUAUCUUGCUGGCCAUUAUCAUUGGUUCCUUCAGCUUGGGUAAUGUCACUCCACACGUCCAGGCUUUCACUUCGGCGAUCAGUGCAGGUGCAAAGAUCUUCAGUACCAUUGACCGCGUAUCCCCCAUCGAUCCCACCUCCGACGAAGGCAUGAAAAUCGAGAAUGUCGAAGGCGUCGUCGAAUUCCGAAAUAUCAAACAUAUCUAUCCGUCCCGGCCAGAGGUUGUUGUCAUGGAGGAUGUCAGUUUGCUGGUUCCCGCUGGUAAGACAACCGCGCUCGUUGGUCCAUCUGGCUCCGGUAAAAGUACCGUUGUCGGCUUGAUGGAACGAUUCUACAAUCCCGUUAGUGGCGCUGUUUUCCUGGACGGUCAUGAUUUGAAAACCCUCAACACGCGUUGGCUUAGACAGCAGAUCUCCCUGGUUAGCCAGGAGCCAACGCUUUUUGGUACCACCAUCUACAUGAACAUCAAGCAGGGCCUGAUAGGUUCCAAUUUCGAGCAGGAAUCGGAAGAGAAAAUCAGAGAACGCAUCGAGAAUGCUGCAAGGAUGGCCAACGCUCACGAUUUUAUCUUGGGACUUCCAGAAGGCUAUGAGACCAAUGUUGGGGAACGAGGUUUCCUGCUCUCCGGUGGCCAGAAACAACGUAUCGCGAUUGCUCGCGCGGUGGUUAGUGAUCCGAAGAUUCUUCUGCUGGAUGAGGCCACUUCUGCCUUGGAUACGAAGUCAGAAGGAGUCGUCCAGGCUGCGUUGGAUGCUGCGGCAGUAGGAAGAACCACAAUCGUCAUAGCUCAUCGCCUGUCUACGAUCAAAAAUGCUCACAAUAUUGUUGUUAUCGUGGGUGGACGAAUUGUCGAGCAAGGCACUCAUGACGAAUUGGUCGACCAUGAUGGCGCUUAUCUCAGGCUCGUCGAGGCACAGCGAAUCAAUGAAAAACGGGAAGCCAUCGGCUUAGAAGAGGAUGAGGAGGAUGAGGAGGAUGAGCUCAUGAAAUCCAAAGAGUAUACGCUUAAUCGUCAGGCUUCCGGCCCCUCUCAGAACGUGGCUCCUGGCACGUAUCGCGGGACUGGCGCAGAUGAUGAGGAACUGAAGCUGACCACCACCAAUAAAUCGAUUUCGAGCUUAGCCCUUUCCAAGCGGACUCCAGAAACCCAUCAGAAAUAUGGCCUGUUUACCCUUAUCCGAUUCAUCCUUUCCUUCAACAAACCAGAAGCCCUAUUGAUGUUCUCCGGAUUCCUCGUUUCCAUAAUCUGUGGUGGCGGGCAGCCCACGAUGGCAGUAUUUUACGCCAAAGCGAUCGCUACACUUUCCCUCCCCGAACAACUCUACGAUAAACUGAGAAGCGAUGCGAGUUUCUGGUCGCUCAUGUUUCUCAUGCUUGCAUUCGUGACAUUACUUUCAUACUCUGUUCAGGGAAGUAUUUUUGCUGUUUGUUCUGAGCGGCUAAUUCACCGCGCACGGCUCGAGGCUUUCCGCGCAAUGCUCCGACAGGAUAUUGUCUUCUUCGAUCAUGAGGACAAUAGCACCGGCGCUCUGACCUCAUUCCUGUCCACCGAGACGAAGCAUCUUUCUGGAGUCAGCGGAGUAACUCUUGGCACCAUUCUCCUCGUCUCGACCACCCUCGCGGCAGCAUGCAUCGUAGCGUUGGUCAUCGGCUGGAAACUUGCUCUCGUCUGCAUCACAACCAUCCCUAUUCUUCUCGGUUGUGGAUACUACCGAUUUUACAUACUGUCUGUUUUCCAGACUCGGUCCCAAAAGGCCUACCAGAAGUCGGCCAGCUACGCAUGCGAAGCAACCUCGGCAAUUCGAACAGUGGCGUCUUUAACUAGAGAGUCAGAUGUAGGGUUCGAGUUACCACAACCAAUUAGCUACCCAAGCUAA